AUGGGUGAGAGAUAUAACAUACACAGUCAAUUGGAGCAUCUUCAGUCUAAGUACAUAGGAACUGGACAUGCUGACACAACAAAAUUCGAGUGGCUAGUCAACCAACACCGGGACUCAUGUAGCUCGUUCAUGGGGCACUAUGACCUUUUAAGUUUCUUUGCAAUUGCUGAGAAUGAGUCCAAAGCCCGGGUGCGGUUUAAUUUGAUGGAAAAAAUGCUCCAACCUUGUGGACCUCCUCCGGAAAAACCAGAAGACUAA